AUAUAAACCAAGUCUCCAGUUUCCUAAAAGAAAAAGGACAGAACAGCAAAGAGACAGAAAGAAGAAAGAAAAAAAAGAAAGAGACAAAACAGCAGCAAACGACGCCGUAUUGCCGAGUCCCGGCGACUGACUCUCUCUCUAUCCGGUGAGUCCCGGCGACUGACUCUCUCUCUAUCCGGUGAGUCCCGGCGACUCUCUCUCUCUCUCUCUCUAUCCGGUGAGUCUCGGCGACUCUCUCUCUCUCUCUGUCUCUCUAUCCGGUGAGUCCCGGCGACUCUCUCUCUCUCUGUCUCUCUUUUAGCAAGAUCUAGCUAUGGUGCGUUUGUCUCUUCGUGUUGCAGCAUCUGCCAUGCUACAGAAGAGAGAGAGAAUGAAGUUGAGAAGAAGAAGAGCGACGCAACGAACAGAAAAUAGGGUAGCACCACAGAUUCGUAUAGGAAGAGCAAUGCAAGGUUCAAUAACUUGGGUCGCACCAGAGAUUCCUCUGGAUAUACUGAUCGAGAUUCUGACGAGAUUGCCUGCGAAAUCUGUGUUGAGAUUCAAGUGUGUCUCAAAGUUUUGGUCAUCUCUCUUGUCCUCGAGAUAUUUUUGCAACCGUUUCCUUUCGGUCCCAUCUCAACCUCGUCUUUACAUGUCUUUAUUGGACCUUUACCACAAUUCUAAGUCUCUGCUCCUAUCAUCUGCUCCAAGUACUUGUCCGUCCUCCUCCUCCUCUUUAGUAUUCGACCAAGAUCUGACCAUCCGCAAGAUGGGAGGUUUCUUCCUGCGCGUUCUCCGUGGCUUCAUCUGCUCCACAGUUGACUUAAAGCCGCACAUCUAUAACCCCACCACCAGACAACUUGUAAUCUUACCUGCCAUACAAGGAUAUGAUAUCCUAGCUGCAGAAGAUCGUUACGACAUAUUAUACUUCAUGGGCCACGACCCUGUUAACGAUCAGUUCAAACUACUGUGCACAAUCACCAGUAUGUCAAACAACGAUAUGCAAAAGAUAAAGUCAGAGCGUUGGGUCUUGGUAGUAGAAGCUGGUGGUUCGUGGAAAAGGGUUGCAAAGGAGUCGCCUCCUCAUCUUCCUAAUCCUUUUGAACUAAAUAUGAAUGGAUUUUUAUAUUACUUGGCUUGGACUCAUAUGUAUACUUGUGUGCUUGUGAGUUUCGACAUGAGGUCUGAAGAGUUCAAUAUGAUGGUUCAAGUACCUCGCAAGGCCGGUGAUGAGAUGGUACCUAGAGUUAAGAAGAUGGUGAUUCAGGUAGAUUAUGGUGGGAAAGUAGCUGUUUUUGACUACACUUAUAUACUAAAGAGUGGUACCGUGGAUCUAUGGGUAUUGCAAGACGGGAGGAAGGAAGAAUGGUCGAGGAAGACUAUGGUUUUGCAACCUUCUCAGCUGCAUCUACUCAAUGGCAAUCAUAGAUUGAUACCAAAAGGUACAACUCUAAAAGACAAGGUUGUCUUGGUACCACCAAACUUGGUUGCUCCUUUUUACUUUCUCUGCUAUGAUCUGUAAACCAAUGAUCUGAAAAGGGUUGAAGUCAAAGGAAUACCUGAUCGCUGGUUUACUAAGCAUGACACAGACACAUAUUGUGACAUUGAGUUUAUGAAUCCGGGUGAGAGCAUCCAGUACCUUGAAGCUCCUUUUUCAGAUGUUGAUCGACAUGAUAGAGUUGGUCGCCUACACUCGCGGAAAAAAGAAGAGAAGUUGCAAAUUAGGGUUUGAACUUUGAAGAGCGAUGGUGACGAUCACAAGUCUUCUUUUUUAUAUAUCUUUUUGCAUUGAUCGCGAGUCUUCGAAUUUGUUGCAAUGUAUCUAUAUAUAUAAAGUUAGCUUUUCUCACUUCUGGUGCAGCCAUCUCAGCUGCCAUGUCAGCCACAUCUUCUUUAAAUUUAUAGGCUUUACAGAUUUUAAUAAGUCC